AUGAACGGGUUCAAUUUCCCUCCGCCGCCCGACGAGCCCGUCCCCGUCGUCCCCCGCGACAUCAAGGCCAAGCGCAUCGUCCCGUCGCCCCGCAAGGCGCCCACCGUCCGGAGCGGCAAGGGCUCCAUCUUCGGCAAGGCCUCGAUCCCCUCCGUGUACUGGGCCGGCGACGACCCGACGCCGGGAGGCAACGAGGAGUACACCUUCUACCGCGAGGGCACCCCGCCGCCGAGCGAGAAAGGCGGCGGCCGCCAGCGCGGGCUGAGCCUGUACGACCAGGAGAGGCGGGCGGCGCGCGGGCAGGACAGGAGGAACCGCAAAUGCUGCGGGCUGAGGAUGUGGGUGUUCUGGCUGCUUGUGUGCCUGAUUAUCCUCGUGGUGCUCGGUGUGGGUGUUGGAGUCGGUGUUGGCGUGGGGUUGGGUGCGUCGAAGGCGAAUCAGUCGGAUGAGAGCGCGGCGCGGACGAGUUCCGCGACACCUACACCAACGACUGGCGUCGCCGCCGCUUCCCCGACGACACCCCUGUCCAGCCCAACAGCAUCAUACCCCUCCGCGGCGUCAAGCGUAUCAACGACGCCCGCCACUUCCACCAAGACGUCCUCUACUUCAUCGUCAUCACCGACCGCAACCUCCGGCCCCAACGCCCUGUGCCCCGAUGCCGCCAACACGUUCUACAGCCCCGUCGGCUCGGACAAGCGGUUCCUGCGCGUCUGCGGCGUGGACUACUCGGGCGACAACGAGGCCAUCGACAUGUCUAACAUGUUGGCCAGCAGCAUGGGCGAGUGCAUGGAUAUUUGCUCCAAGACGGCGCAGUGCACCGGCGCCGGCUGGGGGAAUGUGACGACGGGCGAGGGCACGAUGGAGCUGAGGUGUUGGUUGAAGCGGAAUUUGCAGAGUUCGCAUAGCGCGAAGGAGGGGUGGAAUUUUGCCAUCUUACAGUGA